GGGGAUUCAAGAAUCGGUACAUGAGAUUUUAAUGAAUUUGAAAGAAAUUGUAUUGAGGAGCAAUCUAUAUGAAAGUUGUGAUGCGUCUAUUUGUAUCAAGGGACCUCGACAUGUAACUGCCCAAGAUAUAAUAUUACCCCCCCAUGUACAAAUUGUUGAUAACACAACAUAUAGCUUGGUUGACGGAACCUAUUGAUUUUUUUAUUGGAUUAAAAAUAGAGAGAAAUCGCGGAUAUUUCAACAAAGUGGACCUUCACUUUGACGAUGGAAGUUAUCCUAUAGAUGCUCUCUUCAUGCCGGUUCAAAAUGCAAAUCAUAGUAUUCAUUCUUAUGGGAAUGAAAAACAAGAGAUACUUUUUUUGGAAAUAUGGACAAAUGGAAGUUUAACACCAAAAGAAGCACUUCAUGAAUCCGCCCGAAUAUUGAUUGAUUUCUUUAUUCCUUUUUUCCAGAUGGAAGAAGAAAACUUAUAUUUAGCAGAUGCAAAACACACAAUUCCCC